AUGCCUUAUACCGACUGGCAGUCAACUUCGUCAUCGAAGGCGAAGGGAAAACAAGAAUAUGGAUUUGUCUGCAUGUCCACGACAGUCGACGACUUGUCAUAUACCCCCUCGGAAGAGGAGAAAUCGCGCGACGCGGCCCAGAUACUCGCCACUGGACGUAGGAGUUGGAAGACAUUGAGAGGGAAGGGCGAAGCAGUCUGGCCACCACUACUUGAAGCCGCUCUUUUGGAAGCUCUCGAGAAAUACCAACCAGAGACGAUUGGUUCCAAGUCGACUAAGACGCUUGGGCGCUUCCCGAUGCGCAACAAGUUUAUCUCCGACUAUAUCUUCGAAACCACUGGAAAGCGCAGGACGCCAAAGCAGGUCGGAAGCCGCUUGCAGCAAUUACGCGACACGUGUAAGGGCGAUAAAAUCCUCAACCUUAUAUCUCACCGCGGCACGCCUGAAACGACUUCGGUCAGCUCUACCUCAGAAUGCAGCCCAGCAGCUUCGCCUUCCCCUUCGCUCUCUCCAUCUCCCGACCCUCGGCCAUCCGGGUCAAACCCCCCACAGACGAUCGUCUACGUGGAUAUUGCACUGCAGAAUGAGAUCUGGCCGACGCCCAUCCCCUCUGUCCACUUCGUCGCGAAUGACUCCACGACGCCGCAGUUGAUCCAACUCUCGCCGUCGCUGUCUGCAUCGAACGCUUUGCUGGCUCCAGGGGCAUCGUCACUCCUUUCGUCGAUGUGCUCGUCUGUCGAGUUUCCAUCACACACCGGACUGGCUCUGCAAUCAACCUUUAUCGUAUAUAUGAAUGGGUCGAAUUCGCCUAUUCACACCGAGGUCGCGCCUUUGAAGUGCAUCUCUUCCCCCAUGCAGAGAUCCGGGUGGCUCUAUAGUACAGACCUGGUCCCAAACUUCUGGCCAGUUCUAUGCUCCUGCCAAGACGUCUCCCAAUAUACCAUCCUCCAGAAGCUGAGGCCGAUCCCCGCCCAGUCCCCCGGUCCAUCGGAGGCGCAGUCUCAAACGCGCAACAUCUCUAUCGUCUACAAGUUCGUCCUUCCUCCCCCACCGCCGCGGAGACAGUCAGAUGUUCUUCCCACCACGUAUCCGCUCGAGUACUCGACUGGGUCGUCGAUGAGGGCUUCCUCCAUGCCUCCUUCUCAACUGACGCUACCCACGCAAUCAAACUCGCACCAAUACGGAUACCAAUGGCAACCCCCUCGCCACCCUGGGAACACUAAGAACGAUGGUUUACCCUUGCUCUCGACCUCUAGCUACUCCGGCGACCCGUCCUUCAGCCCGGAUUUCUCCUCAGUCAACUCCGAGUCCCUCCUUACCCCCAUCUCACCGUAUCAACCCCGGAUUAGCCAACUCCAGAAGAACAACCAACACGGAGUCAAAUAUGAGGCGGGCCAACAUCUGUGCCCACCUCUGGACGGCCAAUAUUACAGUAGUUACUCUCUUCAAGUCGACUCGAACCCUACUUUCUGGUCUUCUGCCCCGACGUCGUUCUCUACUACCGCCUUCGGUCAUUCUUACUAG